AUGUCUCUGAGAACUAACAGGCCGGGUCGAGGGGAAUCAGAAGAUGAUUUGUUGAAAUUUCAAGAAGAAUUUUUGAAGUCAAAGAAAUCAGAUGAACAGUCUGUGCCAUCGGCUGCUUGUGUAUAUAAUGCUGAAGGGAAUGAAUCAGUUUUAAAGGGGAAAAGAAAAUCUGAACCUGUCAAUACAAAUAAAGAGUCAUCUGAUGAGCUCACUAAUGAUUCUACCAGAUCUAAAUUAAGAACAUUUGAAACAACAAAACCAAAGUCUAAGUAUAAAAAUGAGAGUCAACCAUUGUAUGAGGUUCCAGUUAAAGGUGAUCAAGAUUUAUUAAAUGAAAAAGGCGCCCCCUUGUCAACAUUCCUAACUCAAAUUGUGGAAAGAGACACCAGAAAUAUUAAUGUUGGUCUACCACAGCAGUCAGUCAAUCCCUUUCCUACUGUUUCUAAAAGAGACACAUCUUUCAAGAAAGAUGUUAGCAGUAAAAAAAGAAGUAUAUUUGCUCAGCAGUUACAGAAGAAUACAGAUAAACUAGAUAUAGAGAUGAAAGAUGUCAAUAGACCCAGAAAAAAGACAGGUUUUCAGCCAUCACAAAUCAUUAAGGGAUCAGGCCUAAGUGUAUCAUUUGCUGAAAAAGAACAGAAACAGAUCCAUGAAGAAAAUGCUGCGAAACUCGCUGAAAUGACAGAAGCUGAUAUUUUAGAAGAACAGAAGAAACUAAUGGGAAGUUUAGACCCCAAAAUGUUGUCUUUUCUAAGAAAGAAACCUAAGGAACCAGAAAGCCAGGUACUUCAGGAAAAUUUGAACGAAAAACAUAAAGUAAGCUUUGAUACACCCAAGGAAAAGAAAUUUAAUCAAGAUGAUUUACCAAUAAAGACAGAAGAAGAUUGGGUUGGAAUGGAUGAUAUAGAAUAUGAUAAAUUAGAAUGGAUGAAAGAAUUACCACCUAUCAAAACAGAUAGUGGCUUGGGUAAACAAGCUAGAUUUGAUUUAAAUGGUGACUUUAUACCAGCUGAUAAAGAUAUACCAUUAAAUCAAGGGUUACAUCACCAUGGUGAUGAACCACAGAGAGCAGGAUAUACAUUAGAAGAGUUGUUCCAUUUAUCUAGAAGUUCUAAUAUUCCACAAAGAUGUCUUGUUUUAAAUGUAUUGGCUAAAAUCAUAUUAAGAGCUAAACAAGGUUUAUAUGCUGAUAAUAUACAAACAUCUAUAUUACCUACUGUCUUACAAGCUGGUGUUGUAUUUUUAUUCCGCUGGGCGUUAGAUGAUAGUUCUGAAAGUGUUCAGAUGGCAGCUAUUAACACACUUUAUAGUCUAUUAUGUUGUCCACAUGAUGAGGUUGCGAUGGAAACAGUGUGCUGUUGGUAUCAGGGAUUGAUACAGCCAUGUUUACCUGGUGUAGAUCAAGAGAUAGAUGAUAGUGAUGAAGAAAAACCACAAGAAUCUGAUGAUGAAAUGGCUAGAAGAGAUUUAGUCUUGGCUCUAAUCAACAGAAUGAUGAUUUUACCUCGAUUAAAAUAUCUGUUGAUGGAGAAAAGGUUGUCAGCUCCAUCUUUAGUUCAGAUAUUACAGAUUUUUACAAGAUUAUCACAACAUUCUCAAUCAGCUGCUUAUCAGAUUCUUCAUUGUCCUGGUCUAAUGAAAUACAUAUUUUCAGAGUUUUUACCAACAACUUGGACACCCAUAGAAGAUGAGGUUCAGAUAAAGAUAGUUAGAGGUUAUCCUGUACCAGAAGCUUUAAAACUUAUUGUAUCGCUAUGUAAAAACGGAAAAAACAUGGCAGCCAUAUUGAUAUCAACUUAUAAUCUUCAAGAUAUUAUACAAAGAUAUAUAGCUAUACCACCAAAAGACUUACAAUUACCAGAAACUCUUAGUUAUAAUUUACAGAAACAAUGUUAUAUGUUAUACUUCAGAGACUUACAAUUACCAGAAACUAUAAGUUAUAACCUACAGAAACAAUGUUAUAUUAUAUGGAAAGUCUGUUUAUCUUAUGGUUUAAUGGAUGAACUUUAUUUAAAUAUGUAUUCAGUGAUAGUAGAGAAGAUAAGAAUAAUACAUCAGAAUAUUAUAAAUAAUAAAUAUAAUAACUAUAUGGUAAUAUCAACAUUAGAGUCUGUAUUACAUGUAGCAUCUAUAACUUUACCUCAUUCUAAAUUUAUCUCACAAGAAGAGGUAAUGGAAGUAGAAGAAGAAGAGAGUGGUAUAAAUGAACCCAUGAUUAAUUGGAGUAAUAUUACUGGUCUAUAUCAACCUAUAAUACAAUGUUUACAACAUACAUUACAAUAUAUUGGUAAUCACUAUCAAUUUCAGAGAGAAGAUUUAUCAAUGAUAACUUGUUUAACUAAUUAUAUAGCAGGUUAUUAUGAGAAAAUAAAACAUCAGGUUGGUUAUAAUGCAGUAGAAACAUUACAAACUAUAGAGAGGUUAUCUUCUGAUGUAUUGAUACCAUUUUGGAAGUCACUUGGUUUUCAUUCAAUAUUAUCAAAUAUCAGUCAGUAUUCCAACUUAUUAUCAGACAGUAUUAAACAUGAUGAGAGAACAGAAAGUUUACCAGAUUGUGGUGGUGGAUGUUUAACCAACAAUACAACUUUACCUAUAUUACAGUCCACUUCACCAUUUGGUUUUCUAACUUCUUAUCUUAGAUUGGUGUUGAUUUGUUGUAAAUUACAUAAAGGAAUGAUAGAUCAGAUGAUACCAAUGAUAGUUAAUAAUGAAGAUAUGAUAAGUUAUAUGAGAAAUAUCUGUCAAGUCAAAACAAGUACUUUACUCUUGAAUUAUUUUACAAGAUUUGAGAAUAUAUUUCAAUACCAACUUAUUAAACUAUCAUCUUUAAAGGAAUGUAAUGAAAUGAAAGUUUAUCACCAUGUUUCUCUACAACUACUAAUUAGAUUACAAUAUGGUGAUGAAUAUAUUAUACAUGAUUUAUUAUCAUUUAUUGUCUUUUCUUCACAAUAUUUAAGUGAAUACCGUACAACAGAUGAAAGUUUACAGUCCAUGGCCGAUCUGCAACUAACAGACGUUAAAAAAUUAAAGAGUGCCACUCAAGAGGAGGUUACUCUUGUGACUAAACAAUUGAUAGAAACAGCAAGAAAUAAUCUGUUAUCUGGAAGCAUAAGAAAUGUGUAUCUCACAUUAUUUAGUGGAAAAGAGAAAGUUAGUGCUAAAUCAAGAGCCAGAUUUGGUAAUAAUCCAACUCAGAUAGAUAAUUUGGUUACCAAUAAAAUAGACAAUAUACUACCACAAGACUGGAUGUUCUUACCCCUGGUAGAAUUAUAUAACCAGUCUUCACUCAAGGGAUCUCACUUUCAAGAUCAUAUGCCAGUAGAGAAUAUUAGAAUGGUAUCUACUGUAUUACAAUGGAUCUAUUUAUUAGAAUGUGAGAGGCUAGAAAUAUUAAGAUCUAUCACUAUUAGUAUCAAAUUAUCCAGAAUAAUGUGUGUCUUUCUGGCAGGCAACGAUUUAUUUCUGGAGAGAUGUAUAAGAAGCUAUUUAGCAGCUUUAUUGAGAGAAUAUAGUAAACCUGUCUUAUUACAACAAAUAGAUUUCACUCUAGCAAUACCUGGCUUACUUUCUUUUUAUGAUUUAUAUCAGUCAUUAUUAGAACAGUAUGGAGCAGUAUCAUUUGGUGAUUCAGUGUUCUGUAGUUAUAUAUUAAUACCAUUACAACAACAUCACUCUAUAAACUAUAGACAAUCAUUAUGGAGUGAACAUCUAGAUGCUCUCAGAGCAGUAAUAAUAUCAACUGAUGAGUUGUUAUUGCCUAUAGAGAGAUUUUUAGAACCAGAUGAAAGUGACAUUAGUCUAAUACAGAUAUAUUGGGUUCAACUAACACAACUGAUACAACCAGUUAGAAACCCCUUGUUAUAUCUUAUAGCUGUACAUCAUAUUAAUAGAUUUCUAUAUUAUACACAAGACCACCAACAUCAAACAUUCAGACACACGUUAUGGUCCUGGGUUAAAGGAUUAAAAUCUGAGUCGUUGAAGAAAGCUGUGAUAUUUUAUAAGAAAUAUAAUCAAGAUUGUGAAUACUCUAUGGAAAUUUAUACAGAUUUACCAUCCAAUAGACAAUUAGUUUAUAAUGAGUAUAUCAACAAUUAG